AUGACCACCAACGGCGAUGCCCCGUCGCUCCCGAGGGCUGAUUCCCCCACGGGCUCGCCCCGAUCUGCAUCCGUGUCACUCCAGGCAGCGGCAACCAUGAAUGCUGGUCUUCAGCGUGAGCCUACGCGCCGGUCUUCCACCAGCUCGCUGGCGCGGAAUACGUCGUCACCAAGCGCCAGCCGUCGACGAUCGACCGUCCUCAUGAACUUGCAGUUGAAUGAUCCGUCUGUUCCGGCCCCCGGAGAGAUGGCACAGGAGCACUCUGGACACCAUAGAUUGAGCCCGCAGCCACCUUCUGCCUCGCCGCUGAUGGCUGAUCCGCAUCAUCACCGGGCGCCUAGCCUGGGGGAACUGCAUCAGGAACUCGAGGCGGAGCAGGAAGGACAUGUUAAUCGGCUCCUCCAGAUGAUUCGGCAGCAGCAGCUCGAACUUCAGCGGCUCCAGACGUCGCGGCCCGGACUCAGCACCGACCCGGCUGCCGACGACAGUGCCAUUGCAGAAACCGCGCCGAGACCCAUGCACGGAGCAGGGGGAGUGUCACAGAGUAAUGUCUCCGGGGCCCAGCCCGUCGGAGCCUACGCUCGCUCACCCGUCUUCCCUCGUGGGUCCAUGGAGAUGGCCCGCGCCGAGAUGCACCGCCGGUCUAGGACACCAAGCCGUGGUGCCUCGCCCCGUCUCCGAGCGACCUCAAUAAGCCAAGAGAGCGGAGACUGGGUCCUUGGUGGUCGCGACGAGAGCGCCUUUUACCAGGCUGAGACACAGAUGCUUACCAGGGAGAAUCAGAUGUUGCGACAUCGCAUCCGUGACUUGGAGAAGCAACUUGCUGAACAUCAUUCCGGCUCAGGAACGGGGACUGAGCCGUCGGUACCGUCACAUCUGACUCAGUCAUCAGCCACCGGAGACCCAGCUGGCGAGGUCGGGCCACGGGAAUCGUAG